AUGAAAGUACUUCUUCUUCUUCUUCUUCUUGCUCUUGUCGUCAAACUGGUUGUGUUGUUGCCCACGUCGUCGUCCCAAGGUUUCCGGCUAAGACCCAAUGAUUGGAACACAAGGCCAAUCGCUGGAUUAAAGCUCAAAGAACUGGCCACCGGAAAACCCGGAAAAACCGAAUUCUCAAUUACAACCGAAUCCGUGGCGUUCUUUGUUUUUAACGCAACCUUAACAGCCAGCGCUUCUGUGGAAUUGACGCUUGAAACAUCGUCCGACGUGCAAUUGAGGGUCCACCGAUGCAAUUGGAACACAUCUCUUGGAUUCCAAUCGUCGGGAACCGUCACACUGCCUCCACACGUCAAGAGAAGUAUGUUGGAGCUGGAUUGCUAUCGAGAUAAAACUCGCAUAAUUUUUUCUCUUGAAUCGACCGCUCAAGCCACAGGAACUGUCGAAUUGGAAAUUACCGCGGACGAAAGUUUCUUUAUGCUUGCUGCAAUCGUCGUGCUCUUUUCAAUUUUUGUUGGAAUUGCUGCGGUCAUAGAGUACAAGCAUAGUGAGUGA